AUGGAUAAGGAUCUUGUAAGUGGGCUGCCCAAGUUAGAGGUAAAUAAAGAAAUUGUUUGCGCAGGGUGUCAAUAUGGGAAAGCCACUCAAUUGCCGUUCAAGAAAUCCGAUUACCAGGCUUCUGCUCCACUCGAACUUGUACACUCUGAUGUCUUUGGACCCGUUAAACAAUCAUCACUGAAUGGUAUGCGAUUUACGAUUACAUUCAUUGAUGAUUAUUCAAUAUUUGUAUGGACCUAUUUUAUUAAAGAAAAAUCGGAGGUGUUUUCCAAAUUUAAAGAGUUUGAAGCAGAUGCAGAGAAGAUGACAGGUUACCAGGUUAAGUAUCUUCGAUCAGACAAUGGAAGAGAACACAUCGCCACCGAGUUCUGGGAUGUUGAAGAAGAGAUUAGUCAACUCAAGGCCAAUCUGUGUGUUCGGUACAAGAUGAAGGAUCUUGGAAAGUUAAUUCAUUUUGUUGGUUUGGAAUUAACCUAUGCUGGUGAUAAUUGCUUACUGCACCAGACCAAAUAUGCAACUGAUCUGUUGCAUAAGUUUAGUAUGAAUUUGUGCAAAGCUGUAAUUACUCCAAUGGAAUCUGGUAUCAGAUUAUAUGUUGAUCAAGGAAAGGAGAUUGAAGAUCCAUCGGAAUACAGAAAAUUGGUGGGGAGUUUGAUCUACCUCACUCUGUCUAGACCCGACAUUUCAUUUGCAGUAGGGGUUCUGAGUAGGUACAUGCAGUGCCUGAGAAAGCCUCACCUCAUUGCUCUUCGGAGAGUUUUAAAGUAUGUGAAGUUUACUUUGGGUCAAGGUGUAUGGUUCAAGAGGGAGCAUGAGCCCAAGUUAUUUGGAUACUGCGAUGCUGAUUAUGCAGGUGAUUUGAAUACAAGGAGAUCAACUACUGGUUACACCUUUAUGUAUGGGUCAAGUCCAGUCACAUGGUGUAGCAAACGACAGCCAACUAUGACAUUGUCUACCACUGAAGCAGAGUAUCGAGCAGUUGCAAUGGUAGCACAAGAAGGUGUUUGGUUAAUCAGGUUGAUGCAAGAUUUGCAUCCAAUAGUGAAUUAUCAAGUGAAGAUGUUUUGUGACAGCAGCUCUGCAAUUAAGUUAGCUGAAAUCUCGGUCUUUCAUGCUCGUACUAACACAUAG